AUGCAGGACGAAACCCGCGACUUCGGUCGCGACCUUGCUGCGAGCGCCGAUGCGUUGCGCGCGGUACCGUGCAUCGACAUCGUGACCACGAUCGCCGAUCUGGCAAAGAUCACCGCGACGAUGCGCGCGCGUGUCGAGAUCGCCGAGUCGCGGCUGGCGCAGGCAAAGCGUGAGGCGAGCGAGUUACGCGAGGAACUGGCUGCCGCGCACGAGGACGCCCGGCGCGAUCCGCUCACCGAACUGCCCAAUCGUCGCGCGUUCGAAGCGGCGCUGGCCGGCAAGACCGGCGGCCCGUUCCACGUCGCCUUGUGCGACGUCGAUCAUUUCAAAUCGAUCAACGACCAAUAUGGCCAUCCGGUCGGCGACCGCGUGCUCAAGGCGAUUGCGGCGACGUUGACGCGC